AUGAUUAUUCAAGAUUCACGGAAGCGAUCUGUGGUCAAGGAGGCGCUUAAUUUCAUCCGAGCUCGCACAUGUCUUGAAUUCACUGAGAGUGCAACAGCUACGAAUCGAAUACGGGUAUUUAACGGAGCUGGAUGUUACGCAACGAUUGGUAUGGUAGGAGGUGUACAGGACCUGUCGAUGGGAAAUGGAUGUGAAGCGGUCGGCAUUGCUGCUCAUGAAUUUGCUCAUGCGCUCGGAAUAUGGCACAUGCAAAUGAGAAAUGAUCGAGACAAUUUCGUCCAAGUUGAUUUAUCAUCAGUACCGGCCAAUAUGCUACAUAACUACAUCAAACUUCCUCCUAGCCGCACUAUAAACUACACACCAUAUGAAUAUGGAAGUUACAUGCACUAUGAUGCCAGAUCGUUUGCUACUCGUGGAAACUCACUCAUCCCUCGCGAUUCUUCAUAUCUCCGGACAAUUGGUUCUCGAGUGAUCUCUUUCUACGAUAUCAAAACAAUCAAUAACCAUUAUAAGUGCAACGCUCGUUGUGCAUCUGGCUCAACUCUAUGUUUGAACAAUGGUGAACCAAAUCCUAGAAAUUGUGAAGUUUGCAACUGUCCAGCCGGAUAUGGCGGAGCUCUCUGCAAUCAGCGCCCCUUCGGUUGCGGCGAAGUGUUGACAGCUUCCGAUCGCUGGCAAGUGAAACAGUUCACAUUCGGUGAUGCUGCGGUACGAGCUGUUCGAGACACUUUCACGGAAUGUAAUCAUUGGAUAGAGGCUCCUGCCGGUAAGCGUAUACAGAUCCGCAUCACAUCGCUACAAAAUUCACAAUGUCAUAACGGAUGCACUUUGAAUGCUAUUGAACCAAAAAUCAGGAGCGAUAAAACGGUUACGAAUCCCAGAAUCGUUGAACGAAGUGCUUACCAGCAGCCUCAACCCUACACCAAUAAUCUCGUACAACAGAUUUCUCACAUCUACAUUCACAUUUCAUUAUAG